UUGUUAUUUUAUACAGAAAAAUAAUACGGUUGCAAGCAUAAUUAUUAAUUAAUUUAUGUUUAUUAUUCCUUUUAAUGGCGACGCUGUUUUCUCGAUGAAUCUGACAUCUGCGUCUGACACUCUGACGUGACAUUGAAUCUUUGCGUUUCAGGUUAUAAGACUUUUUUUUUUCGUAUUUCGUUGUUAUUUUAGAACUCUGAUUAAAUUAUAUACAAAAAAAGAAAUGACAGAACAUGUUAAAAUGAGCCAUCGGGCCAAAAAGCGAAUUAAAGAAGCAAAACGAAAAGCUCGGCCCGAAUUAAAUACGAAAGGAUCAUGGAACGCUCUAAAUUACGCCGAAAGAUUCGAUGUUUUCAGGCGCUUCACGGACAAUGUAGAAAGAAUUAGUGAAAAUGAAGUCUCACCUCAAGAAUUCAUAGACAAAUACGAAAAGAUAUAUAAACCGGUGGUUAUAACAGGGUGUCAGGAGCACUGGAGGGCUAAUUAUAAGUGGACCAUGGACAGGCUUGCCAAAAAAUACAGAAAUCAGAAGUUUAAAUGUGGUGAAGACAAUGAAGGGUACAGUGUUAAGAUGAAAAUGAAAUAUUAUAUCGAAUACAUGAAGCACACACAGGAUGACAGUCCAUUGUACAUAUUUGAUAGCAGUUUUGGUGAACAUGAAAGAAGAAGAAAGUUACUUGAAGACUACACUGUGCCAAUUUAUUUUCGUGAUGAUCUAUUCAAACACUCUGGUGAAAGACGUAGACCACCAUACAGAUGGUUUGUGAUGGGGCCAGCCCGAUCUGGAACAGGUAUUCAUAUUGAUCCUUUAGGUACGAGUGCUUGGAAUGCUCUAGUUCAAGGACAUAAAAGGUGGUGUUUGUUUCCAACACAUACUCCAAAAGAAUUGAUUAAAGUUACUGGAAUGAUUGGUGGAAAGCAGAGAGAUGAGGCUAUUACUUGGUUUAGUGUAAUUUAUCCCAAAACUAAAUUGCCGGAUUGGCCUCAAGACUGUAAACCUAUGGAGAUUUUGCAAGGACCAGGCGAAACUGUUUUUGUACCUGGAGGCUGGUGGCAUGUAGUUCUUAAUUUAGAUGACACGAUAGCGGUUACACAGAAUUUCUGCUCAAGAACCAAUUUUCCUGUAGUUUGGCACAAGACAGUGCGUGGUAGACCAAAACUGAGCAAAAAAUGGUUAAAUGUGUUGAGGGUAAAAGAACCAGAGUUGGCGCAGCAAGCAGUCAUGGUAGAUCUAAAUAGAAGUACCGGAGUGGCUUCAGAUAGUUCAAGCAAUUCCUCCUCAUCCUCAUCAAGUUCAUCUGAGUCCUCCUCAAGCGAAAGCGAAUGCAACUCAGAAAACAAAUCAGCUGAUAAUCAUAAGUUAAAAAAGAAGCAUGAUUCUUCAAGCGGUAGUUCUGAAGAAGACUCUGGACAGGAAAGCUUGACGGCUCAUAAAAAGAAAAAACGCAGAAAAUGUAUGUUGUGAGUGUUAAAAGGUGUAGGAAUCAAUUAGCACUUAGGUAAGCUAAUUAUAUUAAAUGAUUUUUGUUAUGCCGUACCAAGAAUUUUGUUGUAAUCAGUUUUAUUUAGUAAAACUCAAGCAAAAGUCUUAAGGUAAAACAUAUUUUUUAUAUUUUCAACUAUAAAAUUAUAUUUUUUCUAGACAAAUAAGCACCCAGAUGAAAUAUAUAAAAAAUUGAUUUAUGUGAUUCUGCCAGUUUGUUUUGCUUAACUAGUUUCAAUUACAAGGGUAAUUAUUACUAUUAAUGUUUAGUGUAUAUAGUUUUUAUUAUUAUUAUUACAUAUAGUAUUAUUUAUUAAGGACAUAAUACUUUGAUAUUCAUGUAUACCAAAAAAACUAUUUAUGGUGUUCGAAACGAGAGAGAAAAUUCUCACAUAUUAGUAUAAUUAUAUAGGUACAGGUACAUUUUAAUGGAAAAAUGUUUGAUGAGAAGCGGAACAAGUAUUAUAGAUGAAUUCAAAACAUUUCUAAUUGAACUGCCAAAAUAGAAAAUUGAUAUUGUUAUUGUACACUGUCUAUAGUAUUUUUGUAGUAAAGGAGUAUUUACA